GGAAACCUGUCUUCAAAGUUCAUCAACAACUUUUGAAUAAAAGGGAUUUGAGUCGAGGAACCAAAGAAUCAGCUCAACAAUGGCUUCUGGUUUGUCUCAGGAGAUCCGCUGUCCUGUGUGUUUGAAUGAUUUAAGAGAUCCAGUAUGUCUUCCAUGUGAGCACUUCUACUGUAGAGUAUGUAUUACUGAGCAUAUGAACAAAACUUCUGAUGAUGCAAGAUGUCCAGAAUGCCGAACGCCUUUUUUUUGGAAUGAUAUAAGAGUAAGUCGUGUUUUAAAAAACUUGGUGAAUGCGGCCAAAGAUCACCUGAGGGAACAUCAAGCCCUGAGAGAGCGAGUGUUGUCUGCCUCCAGAGGGACCACGAGACAAAACUGGGACUUUACAGAGCAAUGUUUGCACCAUAAUGAGCAAUUUAAGCUUCUCUGUGUAACAGAUCGAGAACUCAUUUGUGUUAUCUGCAAAGAAGAAGCGAAACACCGGGGACACAUUUUUAAAACUCUAAAUGAUUCAUUCCAUAGCAAGAAGAAGAGGACAUGUGAGGCUCUGGAAACUUUCCUUGGCAGAGAAGACACACUGAUUGGUUUGAUUGAAGAGCAGGCGGAAGAAGUUCUGAAAACAAUGGAGAAAUCCAGAUCUCUAUCAGUUCAGAUCUCUGCCCAGUUUGAGAAGUUGCACCAGUUUCUGAACGACAAAGAAAUGGAGUUGAAAAGACACCUAGAGGAAGAGGAAAAGCAAACUCUGAACAUAAUGGGAGUAAACAUGUUUACAAUGGAAGAAAUGUUGUCAGAUGGGAGAGAAAAAAUAGGCGUGUUUAAGUCAGCUUUGGAGAUUAACCGCCCUAUUAAGUUCUUACAGUGGUGGAAUGAGAGUGGACACUUUAUAACUAGGGAGAUACUCUUGCACGAAUCAACGUCUCUGAACAUAGAAGAUCUUAGGGUUACACCGGACACUUUGUCUCUUGGUCCCCUUGAGACUUACCUGCAGUUUUUUGUGUGGAAAGAGAUGUUGAGAAUCAUCCAGAUGGUCCCUCAUCACCAUACUGUGGAGGACCAAGAUUAUCCAAGCAUAAGCAUUUCUCCCAGUAAACUCUGUAUCCAGCCUAAGAAGCCUUUAAAAAGGGAAAAAAACCUCAAAUCACAGUGGCUUAAGACAGUGUCAUCAUGUAACACAGGAAAACACUUCUGGGAGAUGGAUGUGGGGAAAAAAAUGGACUGGGGUGUUGGAGUUUGUAGCCUCGAAUCAGGUAAAGUUGUCAAUGACACGGUGCUUUGUUUCAACUCAGAAUCUGGCUACGACAUCCAACAGACUCAUAAUAUGGACCAAAGCACAGUGGAUGUUACACCAAGGCCUAGGAAGAUAGGCGUGUACCUGGACUGUGAAAAAAAACAGGUCUCAUUCUAUAACUCUGACAAAAUGACUCUUAUUGAUACCAGAGUUUUGUCAAAAUCACCACCAUAUUCCCUCUGUCUCUCCCCUGGGCUUUACUUAGACGGAAGGAACAGCGAUCCGCUCACCCUUUGUUGGUAUUAAAACAACAUAACGCGUACUUGCAAUUUUUGCUAAUAAUUCAAAUCCAUGUUUUAAAUAAAGGUAAUAGCUAUUCAACCUACUUCAUUACAAUGCUCCUGAAUGUUUAAAUCUGAUUGGUUAAGCAUUUAAAUUAUUCCACUAUUAGAUUCUAAUACAUGAUUGUUUAUAUACUAACAACUCUUUAACUGGGACAUACAGUCUGGAAAUUACUCAUAUGGUUAAGUACAAUACAAAAUUAACAAUAUCUUAAAU